ACGACUUCGUUAGCAGGUGCCGACCAAGAAGACCGAUCAUUGAGGCGCUUUUAGGGCUCUGCCAUUCUGCCCGCCCAAGGACACACACUCACACACUAGCCUAGCUGCAAUUUGUGUAGCUGGUAGUGCACCCCUUCUGGAACUGCUACUGCUAAUCCUAAUUGCUUCAAUUUUUUUUUUUUGAAAAAUCAAAGCAUGGGAGCCGAAGGUGACGAUAAAAGCAUAAAAAAACUAGAAAUAGAAGAAGACAUUGAAGGUGGCCGUGAGGAUUCGGAGGAUUACUUCUUCGACAAGAUCGGCAAACCCAUUCCUAUCGUCAAAGGCGAUGCCUACCAAUUGCAAUCUCCUCCCUCUCGUCCUUUCGCCGUCUCCGAGCACCGCCGCCUCAUCUUCGUUGCCCAUUCUUCAGGGUUUUGUGUUGCUAGGACCAAGGAUGUUAUGGAUGCCGCCGAGGAGAUUAAGGCCAAGGGUACUUCUUCUUCUAUAGAAGAGCUGAGUGUUGUGCAUGUGCCUUUUGAGAAAGUGAACAUUCUUUCUCUCUCUACUGAUUCUUCUACGCUUGCGGUUUGUGCUGCCGGUGAUGUUCAUUUAUUUUCUGUUGAUUCUCUUCUUAAAAAGGACUUGAACCCAUCUUUCUCUUGUUCACUGAGUGAAUCAAGUGCUUUUGUCAAGGAUAUGAUAUGGAGAAGGAGAUUAGAAAUGUCUUUUCUCGUUCUUUCACAUCAUGGAAAGCUAUAUCAUGGUGCUCUUGGUGCUCCUCCUAAAGAUGUAAUGGAGAACGUCGAUGCUGUUGACUGGAGUUUAAAGGGAAACUAUAUUGUUGUGGCAAGAGAGAAUAUUCUCCACAUUUUGUCAUCUAAAUUCAGGGAAAGGUUACACAUUUCCUUACCGUUCAAGUCGUGGAUUGGUGAUUCCGAAGAUAGUUGUAGUGUUAAAGUGGAUUCUAUCAGGUGGGUACGUCCUGAUAGCAUUGUUGUAGGAUGCUUUCAGCAAACUGCAGAUGGGAAGGAGAAAAAUUACCUUAUCCAAGUAAUCAGAAGCAAAGAUGGCAAGAUUACUGAUGCUUCUUCCAAGCCAUCUGUGUUAUCAUUCUAUGAUUUAUUUUCUGGUCUCGUUGAUGACAUUGUGCCCUAUGGAAAUGGACCUUACUUGUUCUUGAGCUAUUUAGAACAAUGGGCUGUUGCAAUUACAGCAAACAGAAAGAAUACCGAUCAGCACAUUCAAUUACUUCGUUGGUCAGUAGAGGAUGGUGAAACUUCAGUUAUUGAUAUUGAUCGAGAUACUUGGGUCCCAAGGAUUGAACUUCAAGGUGAUGGUGAUGAUAACUUGAUCAUGGGGCUUUGUGUUGAUAAGGUUUCCCUUUUUGGAAAAGUCAAAGCUGAAGUUGGGCUUGAACAGAAAGAACUUUCACCAUAUUGUGUUCUUUUCUGUGUUACUCUUGAGGGAAAGCUUGUUAUGUUCUAUGUUGCAAGUGCCAAAGGACUUACCAUUCCACCUGAGGAUGAUUUUGACCUUAAUGAUGAAGAAGAGGAUUCUUUGUCAGAUGUACCUGCAGGAUGUGGUCAGGCUAUACUUCCUUCUGGACUAGGGAAACAAACAUUGGAACAGGUAGAAAUAGGUCUUCAACUGCAGGAUGGGAGCAAAUGGGAGUCAAAUGUUGGUAAAGUUAGUGAAAUUCCUACAAAGACUGACCUUAUGCCUUCUGGUAAGGGUGAGAGUUCAAUGACUUUGCCUGUUACAGAACAAACAGCCUAUAAAGAUACUAUUCCCAAAGGGCACCAAGGCGAAUCUCUGGUGAACUUUAAGCCUUCUGUAGCGGAUGGCCAAGAAAAUGUUUCUGUCACAAAGCUGGACCAAGCUGUAGGUGGUCAACAAGCACAGGUUUUUGGUCAGCAAAGUGCUGAAGUUGGGCAGUCAACUUUGAGGAAUUCACCCCUAGAGGGGCCUAGCUAUUUUGACAAGCAUCCUAGCAAAGCAGAAACUCAAAAAAUUACUGAAUUUAGAUCUGGUCCUGCUUCUUUCUCAAAGAAAGUUCCUUCAGAUGUCCCCAGCCAAAAAAGUGUUGACCUGCCUGUGGAUUCACCAGUUGCAAUUAUUUCCACUGGUGCCCCAUCUCAGUCAUUGUCAAGUGAAAAGGUUAUGUUUUCAGGGUGUUCUGAAAGCAGAGCUCCAUUUUUACCUUCUCUAAUUCAAGGAAAUAAAUCUGAUAAAACUGGCAUUAGUGUUGAUGCUGGAAAUAUUCCCGUGGACCUUACUGGAAAACGUUUUAACUUUAAGGACAUUAUCUAUGAAUCUCCUUCAACAAAUUUAUCCAUUAGACCCACCCAGAUUGUGGGACAGAAGGCUUCAGUGAUGACAGGGACAAUUGAGCCAUUGCCUUCUAUUCGUAAUUCACAGUUACCAUCUCAAGAAAGCUUUGCUUUGGGAGGGUUUGCCAACCGUAGUCCUUUUUCUUCAAAGGAUGCUCAUAGAGCUCCAUCCCUAUCAAAUUCUAAGUCAUACUUAUCAAGACAAUUUGGCAAUAUUAAAGAGAUGGCCAAAGAAUUGGAUUCACUUUUGCAAUCUAUUGAAGAACCAGGUGGCUUCAGGGAUGCCUGCACUGUUUCCCAAAGGGGUUCAAUUGAAGUUUUGGAGGAGCACAUGCAAACUCUUUCUGAAAAAUGCAGAAUGCGGACGAGCAUGAUGAAUGAGCAGCUUGGAGAGAUCAGACAUCUUCUGGAUAAAACUGUGCAAGUUCUGGCAAGGAAAAUAUACAUUGAUGGUAUUGUUAAGCAAGCCUCUGAUAACCAAUAUUGGGAACUCUGGAAUCGCCAAAAGUUGAGUUCUGAACUUGAGCUGAAGAGGCGCCAUAUAUUAAAACUAAAUCAGGUUUUGACCAAUCAGUUAAUUGAAUUGGAGAGGCACUUCAAUACCCUUGAACUCCAUAAGUUUGGUGAUUCUGGAGUUCAUGUGACAGGUCGGAGAGCUUUUCAAAAUAGAUAUGGGCCUUCAAGAGAAGUUCAAUCCUUGCAUACUUUACAUAACACAACAUAUUCACAAUUAGCAGCUGCUGAACAACUUUCAGAACGCCUCUCAAAACAAAUGGCUGUACUGAGCAUAGAAUCACCUGUAAAACAAAAGAAUGUGAAGAAGGAACUCUUUGAAACAAUUGGAAUCCCCUAUGACCCCGCUUUCAGCUCUCCAGAUGCAACAAAAGUUGGCAAUUCCUCUUCAUUGAAGACACUUUUAAUUUCUUCUGGUUCUGCUGCUAAUAAAUCUCAGUCAAGAAGGCUCCAAUCAAGCGCUAUGAACAGUUCUGAUUCAGAAACUGUGAGGAGAAGGAGAGACUCGCUGGAUCAGAGCUGGGUGAGUUUUGAACCUGCAAAAACAACUGUAAAGAGGGUACUUUUGCAAGAAAGUCAAAAGACAAGUGUGAAUAAAUCAUCCUUGAUGGAUAGGCAACAACUCGGCCCAUCUUUGGUGGAUAGCUCAGCAGUCAGUCACCCUAAGGACCUCACAUCUCCUUCCACCUUCAUGUACCCAUCUGGAAACAAAGGUAUUCAGUAUAUGCUUCCAAAACAGGCCUUCGAUAACAAAUCAACUCCAUCUAAAUGGGCUAAUGACUCUCCUCCACCAUCUCAACCCACAUCUAAAGCUACAGGGUUGAGGCCUUCUAUAUCACACAGUAGCAAUGCUGUGUUGCCAGCAAUUUCACCAUCCCAAGCAUUGCCUGUAACAGCGCAAAUCCUUGCCAGGGAAACUAGCAAUAUUACUGCAGAUAAAUUAAGUGGUAUGGUUUCCUCUAUUGGGAAGUCUGAUUCUGUGUUGAUCGAUGACACCAAGUCUAUUCAGCAAUCUGAAGCUAACCCACAUAAAAAAUCAUCAGUCUCAAUUGAGUUUCCUGCACAGACACCACUGAUGAUGAAGUCAAGUGAAAUGAGGGAGACUCUGCUUACAAAUUCGACUAUUGAAACUGUAAAUCAUGGACCAAGUAGUACAAAAUGUUAUGAUUCGUCGAUUCCUCUUCUCAACACUGCUGCUCCAGCAGGUCCCUCCCAUCCUGGAAAAGUUCCCCAGUUCAACAUUGCAGCUAGCGGAAGCCAACCUGGUGCAAAAACAUCAUUUUUUCAAGCAUUCUCAAUGCCACUUUCAGUUUCUUCAUCUCCAAUGGUUAGCUCAUCAUUAAACAUUGCAUCUUCUGCAUCUACUCCAUCUUCAACUGGACCAUCCUCGUUGGCUGCAAAGCCAUUUGGCACGUCUUUGAUCACUUCUAAAGACAACAUUGAUGUUAAUCAAACAGUCCCUUUAACAUCCUUUUCAUCUUCAGUUUCCCCUUCUUGUUCCUUCUCAGUUCAGGCUCCCAAGUCACUAUCACCUUUGCACACUCAACCUUUAACGUCAGUCUCUCCUAAACCAGUUCCUCAACCCCCUGCAGGCAAAACUCCACCUUCUGAUCCAACUUCUCAUUUUACAUCAGAGUCUAUUAAAAUACAGCUGCAACCUUCUGCAGACAAAUUUAGCUCAAGAGCAGAUGUUGAUACUGCUAUAACAGUUCCUCAUACGCAGCUUGAUCCUCCUGCAUUUAAUUUGAAGCCUUCCAUCCUUACAAGUGAAAUUUCAAGUCGGUUUGGGUCUGGAAAUCAGUCCAGUUUGAGCGUGGCAAGUCCUGCAUCUGGUGUAGAGCUGAAUGUGCAACCUAAACAGCCAGCUGAUGCACAUGUUCCUUUUGGGGUACCACUAGCUUCUGAUGACGCCGCUAGUGGAAAGAAUGCAAAUUUGGAUGUUGCAAUUACGGAAGAGGAUGAAAUGGAGGAGGAGGCUCCUGAGACUAGCCGCACAAAUGAAAUUAGUUUGGGCAACUUUGGAGCUUUCGGUCUUGGCUCAACCCCUAGCUCGGCUGCUCCUAGAACAAAUCCAUUUGGUGGCUCAUUUGGAAAUGUGGCAACAAAUCAAGCAAGCUCUUCAUUCAAUAUGACUCUGCCUAGUGGAGAACUCUUUCGGCCUGCUUCAUCUAGCUUUCAAUCGCCAGAGCCUUCCCAACCAUCACUGCCAACAAAUCUGGGUGCAUUCUCUGUUGGUUUUGGUGCUGGAGCAGUUGGUCAAGGUCCUGCACCAGGUGGGUUUGGCCAGCCAGCACAGAUUGGAGCAGGUCAAGCAGCACUGGGAUCAGUUCUGGGUUCUUUUGGGCAGUCGAGACAAUUUGGUGCUGGUUUACCUAGUGGCUUUGCUAGUACUAGUUCCAUGGGUGGCUUUUCAAGUGCUGCAACUGGUGGUGGAUUUGCAGGUGUUGGUUCUACUGGUGGUGGCUUUGCAGGUUUGGCCUCUGGUGGUGGAGGGUUUGCUGGUGUUGCUUCUGGUGCUGGUGGAUUUGGUGGCAUGGCUUCAGCCAGCAGUGGUUUUGCUGCUGCUGCUACUCCUGGAAGUGGUAGUUUUGCUGGAGCAGGUGGUGGAUUUGGGGGUUUCAAUAACCAGCAGGGAGUUGGUGGUUUCUCGGCUUUCAGCGGUAAUGCAGGCGGCAACCAACAAGGAACCGGUGGUUUCUCAGCUUUUGGUGGCAGUGCAGGAGGAACUGGAAAACCUCCAGAACUCUUCACACAAAUAAGAAAAUAGGCUUGUUAGUUUUCUUUUCUUUAAUAAUUUAAAAAAAUAAAUUCAAAGUAUUGAAUUUUUAGCAAAAAUCAAGUUGCAAGUCAAGCUCCCUACAUGGGAAUAUUUCAUUUUGUUUACUAUGUUGUUCAUAGCAACUAUGCUGUAAAACUGCUUUUAGAACUUGCAUGUUUGCAAUUGUUGGAAACUGAUUUGACUAACAAUUAACAAGGGGUCUCAUGGUAUAAGGCAGCUAUUUAAUUGA